GAAGUCCAAACAACAUCUGCAGCAUCCGGCCGUUUUCCAUGAGCAGGUGAGCCGCUUUUCGGCUUCAAAACCGGUUUAGUUGCCCACAGAAAGCUGGAGGUCGCUGGAUCUCACCCUGCCGGCCUUACGGAGCUGCUGCUGCUGAGAUCUGAGCUCGUUUCCCCGCCAGAAUGAGCAGCUUGAAGGGGUUCCAGUCCCAGCUGUCGUCCAUCAUGGAGGCGCUGACCCGAGCCGCGGUGGCGGAGAUCUGCGGGCUGGUGGACGACGGCUACGCCGUCCUGCAGCUGGAGAUCUCCCGCAGCCGCAAGGAGAACGAGGCGCUGCGGACGAAGCUGGAGCUCAUCGAGUCCAUCAUCGCUCGGGGCAGCCGCCGGACGGACGGCGGCCCGGAGGACGCGGCAGCCGAGUUGGAAGCUGAAGCGUCUCUACAGCAGGUAAAACCCUCCAACUUCAGAGGACAUGGAUCCGUUCCUGCAGAGGAUUCUGCUACAGCCGCUGCGGAGGAGCCGAUCCAAAUGGAUCAGGACAUUGUUGUGAUCAAAGAGGACACAGAGGAGGAGAAGGACGACCCGCUGCUCCUGCAGGAGGACGGUACGGAGGCGGAACCGGGUCUCCCUGUGGGGCAGGAGGGCCCAUCCGGGAUGAAGAUCUCUGACGUGCGGUGUUGGGACCAGAGCAGCUCCUGCAGCGGGCAGCCGUCCCCGGGCCCGUCCGGCGCCGCCGAGGGCAGCUCUGCUGACUUUGACCUGGCCUCUGAAUCGGACAGCGGCGCUCUGUCUGCAGCGGACAUCAGGACCGGCUUCCUGCUGGGGUCUGGAGACGGACCGGCAGCUCUGCCCGGACUGUUGGACCUGAAGCGGGGCUCGGCUCUGGUCGGGUCCGUCCCCUGCGAUGUGGAUCUGGAUCCCGGCUCCUCCUGGAGCAGCCAGUCUGUGCCCAGCAUGGUGCCGGUGCCGCACCGCUCCAUGCUGCUGGCGCUUGGCGGCUCCAGACUCGACCCGCUGGAGCUCAGCCGGUUCUGCAGGGACCAGCGAUUUGCCUGUAACUACUGUGGAAAAUGCUUCACAUCGUCGCGCAGCCUGGAGACGCACGUCCGCGUGCACACGGGCGAGAGGCCGUACAGCUGCGCGCAGUGCGGGAAGCGCUUCACGCAGUCGGGCCACCUGAAGACGCACCAGAGCGUCCACACGGGGGAGCGACCCUUCUCCUGCGAGCACUGCGGGAAACGCUUCGCGGCCAAGCAGAACCUGCGGAUCCACCAGCAGAAACAUCACAUGGUGCCGCUUAGCUCCGCGAUGUCGGUUCUAAGCAGCAAAGCGCUCCAGGAGCAGCUCUCCGUCGUCCUGGGAGCGCUUACCAAGGCGGCGCUGGCGGAGAUCUGCGAGCUGGUGGAGGACGGCUACUCGGUGCUGCAGCUGGAGAUCAGCCGGAGCCACAAGGAGAACCAGGACCUGCGGAAGAAGCUGCACCUCAUCGAGUCCAUCGUGGUCCCGGGCGGCGGCAGCGGCGCCGGGGAGAGCCAGGCGCCGGCCCCGGAGGAGAAAACCGAGGCGACAGAGGCUGCUGUCCCACCGGAAACACCGCACAGACAGCGGGACAGAGAGCUGGAGGACGCCGCCGGUGGAUCCGGGGGAGACGGAGGAUCCGCCGGGGUGGAGCCGGAGGAGGUUCCGGAUGUGGUUCUGAUUAAAGACGAAGACUCGGACGGGUUCGACAGCAUCGACGACGGAGAACGGAGGCGCCAUGAUGGCGGAGCGGCAGCCGCCAGCGAAGCCGCCCCCUCGGCUCGGUCCGUCCGCAGGCGCCGCCGCCGCAGUCGGCCAUACGAAGACGGCGACCCGUCGGCGCUGAAGUCAUCCAAACUGUCGGGCGGGUCACAGCAGAACGUCCCGGUCUACAGCCUGGACUCGCCCCGCAGCGAGCCGGGCGGCUCGGCGCCGGAGGACGUCCAGGUGAAGACGGACGCCUCGGCCUGCUCCUACCCGGACGUCCAGCUGGUCCAGGACUGCUCCCUGGCGCCGCCGGGCCCCAGCAGGCAGCUGUUCUUCAGCAGCGCCGCCCUGAUGGAGGCCCAGUCUCCCUCCAACCGGGCCGACUUGGACCUGAACCUGGACCCGUCCUGGUCCAAACAGCCCAAAGGCUCCAUGGCGUUCGCCCAGUUCUGCCCCAACGAGAACCUGGAGGGCGACGUGUUCAGCCUGAAGCUGGUCGGUAUCGCCGGCUCCGCGGACGACCACAGCGCCGCAGCCUUCGAGUUUGAAAACGGCGGCGGCGGCAUGCUGAACUUCGGACUGUACGGAUCCUCGCCGGGCCAGCAGCUCUCCGCCGCGGAUCCGGACGAGGACGCCCACAGGAAGCGCUUCGUCUGCUCCAUCUGCAACAAGACCUACGCCACGGCGCAGAACCUGGAGGUCCACACCCGCAUCCACACGGGCGAGCGGCCGUUCGCCUGCGACCAGUGCGGCAAGAAGUUCACGCAGUCGGCCCACCUGAGGUCGCACCUGAACGUUCACACGGGGGAGAGACUGUACGGCUGCUCGCUCUGCUCCCGCAGCUUCAUCGUCAAGUACAGCCUCAAGCUGCACAUGAAGAAGUGCCACCCCAACAGCUGGCUAGCUCUCAGCGGUUCCGGUCGGACCAGCAGGAAAAUGUCUCCAUCCGCCACGUUUCACUCCCAGCUCGCCUCCAUCAUGGAGGUUCUGGCCAACACGGCGGUGGCGGAGAUCUGCGAGCUGGUGGACAACGGCUACGCGGUGCUGCAGCUGGAGAUCAGCAGGAGCCGCAAAGAGAACGAGGUUCUGCGGAGGAAACUGCGGCUGCUGGAGCUGCGGGCGGCGCGGUCUGCCGCGCUCAGAGCCGCCGCGAGCGGAAGCGGCGCCGCGCUGCUGUACGCCGCUAGCGGCCGCCCGCGCGCCAACCAGCGCGUUCACGAGCCGAGGAGGAGCGUGACACUGACAGAAGUUGCAGCAGAGCUGUCCUUGUCGUCCAAUCAGCAGACUUCUCAGUGCAGAAAGACCCACCCACCACCAGAACCAGAACCAGAAGCUGCAGGACAGAUGGCGGCUGCCGCCGAGACCACAGUGGUGAUCAAGGUGGAGGAUGAGGAGGAAGAGUCCUGGUCCCAGUCCGACCCUCAUGGUCGGUUCUGUGUUGGUUCUGAGGAUCAGCACGAGGCAGAAGCUUUGUCCUCGCUGGUCAAACAGGAAGAGAGCGGUGCAGACGGCGGCGUCUCUUGGACCAGCGCGGAGGUGAGCUCCACCUCCACCCAGCAGACCAAUCAGAGGCCAGAAGCCAGUGGCUACGACUCCAUGAUGCUGCAGCAAGCCUCCCACGCUGCAGCAGCAGAACCCGGCGGCUCCUCCGGGUUUGUUCCCAGCAGAAACGCUUCAGCUGAUUCAGGAAGCGGCUUCAGCCACAGAGAGGCGAGUCUGUCUGCAGCGGGGCAGCGGCAGCAGCAGGGGGCGCCACAGAGGGACGGCUGGCGGCAGCAGAGCCACGCCGCCCCCGGAGGGAAAAAGUUUGCCUGCAGCUUCUGCGGGAAAAGCCUGGCCUGCCUGAAGAACCUGAAGACCCACAUGCGGGUUCACACGGGCGAGAAGCCGUACGUCUGCGCGCUCUGCGGGAAACGCUUCUCCGACUCCAGCAACCUGAAGCGCCACCAGAGCGUCCACACGGGGGAGAAACGCUACGGCUGCGUCCACUGCGGGAAGCGCUUCGCCCAGUCCGGCUCGCUGAAGGUCCACAUGGCCGUCCACACGGACUGCGGCCAGUUCCGCUGCUCCGUCUGCGGGAAGGCCUUCACCUCCGCCGGCCACCUGAGGAGGCAUGUCGCCAUGCACGCCGGGGACAAAUGCUUCCCUGCUGCGUUACCGUGACGACCGACAGCAGACGCUGCGUCCUUCAGCAGGAGUUUCAGACCAGUCGUCGGCCGCGCUUCCUGCAGCAGGUCUGACGCUUCCUGCUGGUCGGAUCAGAGCGACAGGAAGUCCUGAAACCGUCCGGAUCAUCAGGCUCCUCCCACAAACUGUGCAAACUGUGUUUCUGUGCAAAUUCUGACAUUUUUGUGUACAUUUUUAAAAUUCUGCCAUAUUUUGGCAGAAACAGUUUAAGAGGAUAAAGCUACUGCUGUUGAGUUUUUCUUUUUUCCUGGUUAGCGUUUACAUCACAGCCCUGUGUUCGGGUUUUAUUGUCCCACUUAAAGGAGGAGUUUUUUUCCGGUGGUCUGGCGGGGGGUCGCGCUUUUAAUAGAUGGUUUUUGUGUCUGUGUGUGUGGUUUUGGGAAUUGACGGUCUGACGGGACAUCGCCCCGUUGCCCCGUCAGACCGUGCUGUUUUCUAAAACUAUCUCAGACAGACGCCCCCUGGUGGUGAGUGAGGAGAGGGAAUAAUCAGCAUUGUUUGACUUGUGACUUACAAAAUUGGCAAGCUGGAAGUCUGUGAUGUUGUUGAGCUUCACAGCAAAUACUGUGAUGUAAUAGUUAAAAAACAUAAUGUGGAGCAGAGAAAAGUGAUUGGAUUGAAACGUCGGACCCAGACAGAAUAUGAAGGUAUCUAUGCAGCACCAGGAGAAACUAAGUUAAACUUUUCUGCGCUCCUAGAGAUGUCAAGUACACAACAGGUAUUUAAGGGCUGAAAGUGGUUUAGGAAUCAUGAGUUCCUUUAACUGGUCCAAAGGAAACCUGAACGACCUCCAGAGAACCUGGAGAACCGCAGACGGAGAAAAUAUUUUGGUUUCAGACAGGAUGAGUUUUAAAUCCACUGUGACGCUUCAGCAUCUUCCUCCUCUGAGCGGCGGGUCUUCAUCCGACCCGGUUCGGUUCUGAGGAGAACCAGCUGGUUACACAUGAUGGAGAAAUGUUUCCGGAAAAAUCUGCACAGUUUUCUUUAGAGUUAAAAACUUCCUGUUUUCUGGUUUAUUGUGAACAAAACAAAUGUUCUGUUUUUGUUUAGAAAGUUUUUACGUCUCGACGGUUCUAAUAAAAUGACUCGAUUGUU